AUGGACCAUUCACCGUCCAAUAUGUUCACCAAGGCCGUGUUUGUCUUUACCCAAGUCAUAAGUAUAGUCACUACAGUAAUCCUUGCCUAUAACUAUGUCAAAGAGUACGCGGACGCCAAUCCUCCACCACCAACACAAUCCCCUGAAAAUGUAGUCUACUCGACUCUCCUCAUGUUCAACCUCUCCCCAAUCCCAUUCUUCCUCUUUUUCAUCAGCGAUCAACUCCCGAAAUACGAAAUCAAAAAUAGCGGCAAGGCGAAUCUCUUUAAACCAGCUGGAUCCUCAUGUCGACGUACCACGAUGGCAAGUAUGAUUGCCGCCUCAGAGAAUUCAGUGAAAACUGAAAAUGAAGUGGAUCCUCCUACCGUACACCUGAACUGCAAAGUGUGUGCACAACCAUACAGUACCAUCACUACAGUAACCACCCCACGGAUUCUUGUUCGAUGCGGACAUACAGUAUGCCAUGGGUGUAUUCAGAAUCUUUUGGACCCCCAACAACACCAGGUGAUCUGUCCGUUUUGUCGGAAGGAUACCAAUGGAUUGGUGGAAGAGUUGCCAAAGAACUUUGCGAUAUUGGAGUUGGUGGAGAACGGUGACACGUGA